UCCUGUUUGAGCUUUUUUAUUAAAUUUCUCCUGUUCUUACGCAUUUCCGCAGUGUCAGAUUUAAUAAGAACGUAAUAAAAUGAAUGCUAAUGUUACGAGCCAUUGGAUGCUAUUAGCAGAAAGUAGUAGGGAGAUUGCCAAUGAGCCGUUCUUCAUGGUCCAAGUUUUAUUUCGGCGUCGACGCGCCGAACCUUAUUAUUCAAUUUUUGUGCAACUGAUUUUUUCCUUCUUCUCGCGUUUCCCAUCUCCCAUCUUCUUCUCCCAUCUCUGUCUCCGCUAUUACAUUAGAGCUCAGCCUUUUAAAGUUGUGGCUCUAUUACUCUUUAACUCUUUCUGGGUAAGAUGGCAUGAUUAAACGCACGAUCAAUCAAUGAGCAAAGAGUGACUGAAAAUGAUCCAACAAUGUUUUCUUUACACGUAAGUGUUGGCGUCUGUAAGUCGCCUUCGGUCGUCUUGUAAUCGAUUACCAAUCGCAUGAGCGGUUCGCUGACAGAAUAAAAUGGUGGUCAGGAUGAUCGUGAGGCAAACGUCAAACACAAAUUAAAGUUUAUCAAUCUUGAUAAUUCUGCGUAUCUUAGAGUUAUUUCGUUCAAGUUUAACCAGGAAAUGUGUUAGAUUGUUUCUCUGAGAAUGACAUGUUGCGGUGAUGAUAUAAAUAUUAUCUAACCUCAACCUGUGACGAAUAUUAAUUCAACUCGGGAUCACAAAGAUUUUCAAAUACAAAAUUUCUAUAUGAUAUAUUUUUCUAUGUAAUCUAAUGUAAUUUCAUGAAGCCUUGAACUCUUAGCCAAAGUUCAUGCUGAUGCAAAAUUCUUGGAUGACCGUGUGUAACCACAGACUAUCAGUGUAUAUAUGAUCGUUUUGUGAUAAUGUAGAAUAACAUAUAGUAAGCAUAUUCUAAUAAUUCCAUCCUGUUUAUCACGUUCAUUAAAUUGUGCAAACCUACGAGAUUAACGGCAUUCUUUAAGUGUUAUAUUUCAAUUCAUUCAAAUGUCGUUUGAGGAUGAUUUCGAGAGACCUUUUGAAGAGUUUGAGCCUCCACAGUGGGGUGCAUUGCGUGAACUGUGUCAUGCAAAUGCAGAAUACUUUUUAUCGCAUCAAGAUGAAAGUGGACUCAGGAUAAGAGCAGCUUUGUUGGCUGUGUUGGACCACUUGGAACAACUUCGUCCUAUUUAUAAAGCAAUCAAGAAAAUUGCACCUUUAUUUGAUUUCGAUUCGCAAACGCCAGGGAAUGGUUACAGAAGUUUUUUGGUUCUGGUUGAUAGAUGCAUUCUGCAUGCAGGCUCUGUCUGUCGACAGAUUUAUUCUCAAAGAGGCUCCAUAUUAUUUAGAAAAACUCAUCAUAUGAGGGAGAUAGAGACAUGCUCCCAACUAUUAGCUUCAUUGUGCACAUGUUUACAACAUCUGAAGACUCUUUAUUCUUGGAGCGAGCCAAUGGAAAAUGAUAGACCGUCUCUAUUUCCUUCAGAUGAUCAUAGUCCUCAGGAGUUAUUGAAUCAAGCAGAAAAUAUUAAUCAGUAUUGCUUUUAUGGACGAUGUCUGGGAUUUCAGUUCUGUGAUAGUAUGAAACGAAUUUUAAAAACAAUAUCAGUUUGUAUGGCAUCAUUUAGCGAAGCGUAUUAUUCGAAUGGAACGAUAUUAGGAAGAUGCGCCAAUUCAGUUAAAUAUAUAUUAGAUCCUGAGGCGAGAGCUCGCCGUAUAGUAAAUAUAUCUCAACGCGCGGAUAUAUCCUUUUGCCAGGCCUUCUGGCUAUUGAAUGAAUCGGAGAUUGCUCAGAUUUUGCCAACGAUGGUGAUGCCGUCCUUGGCAAUAAAUCAAGUUAUCUCAAUCCCUCCAGAAGAAUUGAAACUCCCCACAGAGAAUGGGUCUCUAGUGUCAAUUCCAAUUCCUAGCAGCCACAUAGGCAAGAAGCCUAUACAUGUGAGAUUGCUCAGUGCUAAACGCAGAGUAGGAAUGGUAGGAUCUGGUGUAGUGAGUGGCGAAUUAUUAGGAACUUGUGACAGUCUGAUAAUCCAUUGUCACGGUGGUGGUUUCGUGGCACAGAGUUCACGAUCGCACGAGGUCUACUUACGUAGUUGGGCUAUUAGCCUAGGAGUUCCUAUCCUGAGUAUUGACUACAGUUUAGCACCAGAGGCUCCUUACCCUCGAGCUUUGGAAGAAGUAGUGUAUGCCUACGCCUGGGCUUUGAAGCAUUCCACUACAUUGCUAGGAAGUACUGCUGACAAAGUUAUCUUCAUUGGGGAUUCUGCUGGAGCGAAUUUAAAUUUGGCCACUACACUAAGAUGUUUUGAAUUGAACAUAAGGAGACCGGAUGGAAUUUUUAUGGCUUAUACGCCAGUUUUAGUUGAGUUUAUUCCAUCUCCAGCGCGUCUACUGUGUCUUACUGAUCCUUUGCUACCUUUUGGAUUUAUGAUGAGAUGUCUAAAGGCAUAUACUGCGGGAGACAAUAAAAAGAAUCAAAGAGACAAGGAAAAUGAAAUCGGUGAGGCUGGAAAAUCUGAUACCGAAUCUUUUGCCGAAGUCAGUGAAAGCGACUUGAUCGCUUUGGCUUUGAGUCCGAACGGAGAUGAGACUAACGAGGAACACAAGUUAGCUUCACUUCCUUCAGAUUCCACAUUGAAUUCUGUUAGUUUAGCCGAUAUCGACGGUACGCAAGCAGUUCCUGAUAAGCCUCAGGGUGAAGCCAAGUCUCAGGAGUAUAUUCGGAAAUUCCUGGAGAUGUACAGGAACAGUGGCUUUGGGAAUUCAAGUACUAUGGCUAAUGGAAGUAGUACUAAGGAGUCCGAUUACACUAAUGGCGACAAGACAUGGUCCUUUUUUGGUUGGGGUCUUGGUAAAACCAAUAAAGAGAGCAGGGAACUCGACAUAGAGGAUAGCAAAAGUCCCUCUGAUGAAUUUGUAUUUAGCGUGCCACGGGAUCCAUUGUUAAGCCCUUAUCUUGCACCUUCGCACAUCCUACAACGUCUCCCACCUAUUAAAAUAUUAAGCAUGGAAUUGGAUCCCUGUUUGGAUGACUGUGUCAUGUUCGCGAGAAAAUUAAAAUCUCUUGGAAAUCAAGUGACUCUUGACAUUCUGCCGGGUUUGCCGCAUGGAUUUUUAAAUUUGUCUAUGAUAUCCAAAGAAGCGAGCGACGGUUCUAAGCUUUGUAUUAAAAGAAUACAAGAGUUAUUGGAUUCUUAAAUAGAAGUCGAAUGAGACUCAAGAGGUAUAAUAAGUAAUGAAGAUUUUCUGAAUUUCCUUGUAUGAAUACAAUCGAAUUCUCGUUAUAUGCAUAGCCUGAAUAUCGACAAAUAUGCGUUUCUUCUGAGAACUACGAGUAAGUAUGUUAUUGUUGUUGACUGCUCGGUGAAAAUUUCGCAUCACGAAUAAUGCUUGCCGUGUACCGAUGCGUUCUUAAUUAUAGCAUAUAUUAAGUAUCAAAGUGAGCCAAAAUAUUAUUUAUUUGUAUAAUCUUAAGUCAAUCAGCAGUGACUUUUUGAUAAUUCGACAGUAAUCUGUCAAGCACUUCUAGAAAUUCUUUAUCUGUCCUAUACGAUUUUUUCUACUAUUCAAAUAAUUUGAUAAAAAUCUAUAAGGAUUUUGGAAGUCCAUGAAAAUAUUUAUUUAAUAACAAUAAGUUCAUUUUUGUAUAUUGUUAUUCUUUACAGUUUUAAAUCUCGUAACUUUUUGAUACAGUCUGAUUUUGUAGUUUUUUGCGAAAAUCGCAUUGUAAAUUAGUUUCUAAAAAAUGUAUAAGUACUGUUAGUGUCAUGCUUAUCAUACUUGCAACUCUUAUUUGGGAUUUAGCUGUAAGUUUUUUUCGGUAGUUCAUAUGCUGCAGACAAACGACCGAUAGGAAUUGUCUGGUAUCCAUGAUAAUUUUUCGAACGAGCUAGAGUCUAUUAUGUAUCGAGAGUUAAUGAAGUAUUGCGAUUAUUCCACUGAAUGUACAUACACACAGCAAAAUUAAUCCAGCAAUAGCGAUAAGGCAUUAUUGCAAACAAAUGAAGAAGAGUUCUAACUUACAGUUGCAUUGCACAAAUUGAUGGAUUAUUUUUAAUUGUUGUGCAUUGUUAUCCUAUACAUAAAAUAUAAUUGUUUUGCAGCUAA